GAAAAAUAAAAAAGAAAAUAAAAAACCUUAUGAAAAUGAAAAAGGAGUCUUUGAAGCCCAAAGCCAUAUCUGAACCAAAAUUGAUUUCUAGAAACACUUUCUUUAUCUAAUCUAUAUACAUACACUAGGCCUGUAUGUAUCUAUAUGCACCAAUCUUACCUCACACAACCAUUUUGUAAAUAAAAACAGAGUAAAUAGUAUAAAUUACAGUUGUACACAAUUUGGUGGGUCGUAUGCGUACUAUAGUCUAUAUUUUUAUCUCUCUCUCUCUCAUCGACUUUCGAAAGAGGGGAGUUUGUAUGAAACAGAGAUCCCUAUUCUGAAAGUUAUUCAAUCGCGUCGCGGCCCUCUCGUCGCUAACCAGCGCCGGUUAAUUUUUAGAGGACGGAUUUUUUUUAUUAUUUUGGGCUGUCGCCGUCGCUUAUGGGAGUCGAAUUGGCAUCGAUUUUUGGGGGAAAUUUUGUUGGAUUUUGACUUUUUGGGUGGAGUUUGUACGUGGGCUGGUGGGAUUUUUUCGCGGUGGUGAUUAGGGUUUUGAAUUGGGGGCGAUUUGGGGUGGAAGGGGGAGGAUGAUAGUGAAGAGGAGCUUGAAAUCGGUAAUGCCGAUUCUGAAACGGUGCCGGGCCGUCGAAUCGGCCGGGGACGACGAGGAAUCGUCGGCGAAUCGGAAGAGGCGCAGGGCCGCAAGCGGUUACUAUCCCCUGCAUCUCCUCGGCGAGGCGGCGGCCGGGAUAAUCCCGUUCGGCGGCUACGGAAUAAAGGUCCUUCCCGUGGUCGCUGCCGCAGACGACGUCGUGACCGGGCGUGGAGGGGCUGACGCCGGAGAAGGACGUGGCGGGGAUGACGUGGCCGACGCCGAGGACGCCGGAAGUUUGGAAUCGAGGUGUAAGGAAUCUGAAUCGAAACCUAAAGAAGUCUCCCGGCCGCCGCUUGUGAGGACUUCCCGGGGUAGGGUUCAGGUGCUGCCAUCCAAAUUCAACGACUCUGUUUUAGAUAACUGGAAGAAAGAGAAGACCGUUGUCAGUAAAAAUCCCUCAAAAGACCCCGAAUUCGACUCAGAUUACCUGCCAGGGAAGGAUAAGGAUAACAAGCUGAGCUUCAAAACUGUGGGCAUCAAUGGGGAAGCGAACUUUUCCCGAAAGAGGAACCAGAAGUUUAGUAACGGCUACAAAUGCCGCAAAUUCUCACCUUUGUCAGAAGAUGAGAUAGCCGAGCUGAUGAAUGACGGAUUUAGAGACGAGGAGGAUUCGAACGAGCUUUUGAAGAUAAGUGGGGUCGAUAAGUUUUACAGUGCCAGUGAAUUUGGUGUAGCUGAAAUUGUUUGGGCUGUGUCCGGUAUGCACUGUCCAGCUUGGCCAGCUAUCGUGCUCGAUCAAGAAUCACAAGUUCCUCAACAAGUUUUCAACUUUCGAGUUGCGGGUGCCAUUUGUGUCAUGUUCUUCGGUUAUUCUGGAAAUGGAACACAAAGGGAUUACGCGUGGAUUAAAAGCGGGAUGAUAUUUCCUUUCAUAGAUUAUGUGGACAGGUUUCAAGGGCAGACUGAACUUAAUGAUAGCAAGCCCUGUGAUCUACGUUCUGCCAUAGAAGAAGCAUUCUUGGCGGAAAACGGUUUUGUUGAAAUGUUGAUGGUUGAAAUUAAUGCGGCAGCUGGGAAUAUGGAUUAUCUCCGUACUCUUACGAGAGGGGCCUUUGAGGCUUCCAAUUCGAAUCGAGAUCAAAAUUGCAACUUUGCAGAGCGGGCUGUACAUAUGAAGCAAGGAUCAAAAUCUUGUGAAGCUUGUGGCGUGAGCAUUGUACCAAACUUUCCGAAGAAAUCAAAUAGUUCGGAUGUUGGUACCAUCACCAGUCGCUUGUGUACUUCUUGUGCCAGGUUGAAGAAAAUGAAACAUUAUUGUGGAAUCUGUAAAAAGAUUCGGAAUCAAUCAGACAGAGGAACUUGGAUUCGUUGCAAUGGCUGUAAAGUUUGGGUCCACACAGAGUGUGACAAAUUCUCGAAAUACAACGUCAAGGAUCUGGGAACAAGUAAUUAUUACUGUCCCGAAUGCAAAGCUCGGUUUAACUUCGAACUAUCCGAUUCGGAAAAUUGCCAGUAUAAAUCGAAAAACAGCAAAAAGGAUGUUAAUAAACCUGCACUGCCAAACAAGGUUACAGUUUUGUGCUCCGGCGUGGAAGGGAUUUAUUUUCCAAGCCUUCAUUUAGUUGUUUGCAAAUGUGGCUCUUGUGGAACCGAAAAGCAGGCACUGAGUGAUUGGGAGAGGCACACAGGUUCAAGAACUAAAAAUUGGAAAUCGAGCGUGAGGGUAAAAGGCUCCUUGUUGUCCCUCGAACAAUGGAUGCUACAGAUGGCAGAGUAUCACGAACAAAGUCUUGUUCCCGCUAAACCUGUAAAACGGCCUUCGAUCAAAGUGCGGAGGCAGAAGUUGCUUAACUUCUUACAAGAACCCUAUGAACCUGUUCAUGCCAAGUGGACAACAGAGAGGUGUGCGGUUUGUCGAUGGAUCGAGGAUUGGGACAACAACAAAAUUAUCAUUUGUAUUAGAUGUCAAAUGGCCGUUCAUCAGGAAUGUUAUGGAGCAAGACAUGUUCGUGAUUUCACUUCAUGGGUCUGCCGAGCUUGUGAAACACCUCAUAUCGAGCGCCAGUGUUGCUUGUGUCCUGUGAAAGGCAUGGAUUUGGAUAUAAACUCACUCACGCGGGGUGCACUCAAGGCUACUGAUGUGGCGUCUUUGUGGGUCCACGUCACUUGUGCUUGGUUUCAACCGGAAGUUUCGUUCGCAAGUGAGGAAGAAAUGGAACCUGCGCUCGGCAUAUUGAGAAUCCCAUCGAGCUCUUUCGUAAAGAUUUGUGUGGUCUGCAAACAAAUUCACGGUUCGUGUACGCAGUGUAGCAAGUGUUCUACGUAUUACCAUGCAAUGUGUGCUUCGAGAGCAGGAUAUCGCAUGGAGCUGCACUGCCUUGAGAAGAACGGGAAACAAUUCACGAAAAUGGUCUCGUUUUGUGCUUACCACAGGUGA